UUCCAUUCCCACUUUAAGCUAGCUUUCAUUUCAUUAUAGUUUGCUCACAGUAAGAGAUGAUGUUAGAGUGAUCGAUGUUCAGGUAAGUCUACUCUUCCAUUUCUGAUUAUUGAUAAUUAAUCUUAGCCAAUAAUUGAAUUUUGAGAUCAUGAACUCUGCAAAAAUUGAAAAAUCUCUUCGAGAUUGGAAACUGCCCCCAUCUUCACCCUCGGAUGUCUUUAAGCGAAGACGUUUCCUCAAUUUUUCUUCUGAACCUUCUUGUAUAAUCAAAACCGUAGAGAAAGAAAUUCCCUUAUCUGAGGAAUACGCAUCGUUUCCUCUCUUCACCGAUCAUCUUCAAAGAGUUUACAAAAACCAAUACGCCUACCUUCAUAUGGGAAUGAUUCAGGUGGGUGUGAAACCUACGAAGCUAGGCUCGAACACCUCUGUAAUAAUAUCCCUUCGCGACAAGAGAUUUCUAAAAUUUGAUGAAUCUUUGUUAGGAUUGGUUGAAUCAAGUCUAUGCGAUGGCCCCAUUUAUUUCUCCUACUUUCCUACCCAUUUUGUUAGUUUGUCAGAUCCUCAUCUGAGCGAAACCUUCACCAUUGAUAUCAAAACCCAAGGAUGUAGUAAGGAUGAGAACGUGAUUCUCAUGUAUAAAUUCCACUAUAAAGCGACGAAUAGUAAUAACAUUGACGAGAAAAAUGUGUCGCGUAGUCUCGUUGAUGGGGAUCGAGAAACGACUUUGUUUCUUACUAAUAUUUUUGGUGGGAGAAAUCGUGUGGUUUCGAAGAAGAUCUACUGGGAUCAGGUUUCAUUGCCUGAGGCAUGGAUGGAUAGAAACGACGGCGGUGGCGGCUCAGUUUCCUCCGGUGAGGCUCGCAUCGACUGGAAGGAGGCGGCGGAGGCGCACGUGUUGAAGGUGGAUGUUCCCGGAUUCAAAAAGGGGGAAGUUAGGGUUGAGGUUGAAGGCGGUAGAGUUCUCCAAAUUAGUGGGGAGAGGAGGAAGGAGGAGGAGGAGAGCGAUGGCAAGUGGCAUUGUGAGGAGAGGAGCGGCGGAGGGAGAUUCCUCCGCCGCGUGACGAUGCCGGAGAAUGCCAAAUUGGGUGAGGUGAAGGUGAGUUUGGAGGAUGGGGUGCUGACGGUGACGGUGCCCAAGGGGGAAGUCCAACGGAAGCCGGAAGUGGUGGUUAUCGAUAUUUCUGGUUAAAGCAAAUCAUGUUCCGGUGUGGACGAUGAAGCGGCGAUUUGUUGGUAAGACGUUUCUCCUCCAAUCAAUAGGUCCAACCAAUAGAUCGGGGUUCUAGUCACCUAGUGUGGGUAUGUAAUAACAAUUAAAAAAAAUAAAAAAUUUUGUUCCAUGUGUGCAAUUAGUGCCAUGUUGUGUAAAUAGUGUAAGAACAGAGUGAUUCUGUAUUUCUGUUUUGAUGUGUAAUAUUGAAACGGGCGUUGUUUAAAGGUGAUAGAUUCUAGAUAA